GAGAAGUUAUUUUCUCUGGAAAUUAAAUCGAUUUGUUAGGUGCAGAGCCCACUGGAUCAAAUUCUACCUUUAACUGAAGACUUUUCUGCUCUGGGACUUAAAUCGAUCUGAUAUCAUGAUGCUGUGAAAAGUGAUUUGGAAGUAAAUAUAUCACUAGAUCAUGGAGACAUUAAAACUUCUAUGUCUUAUGCUAUCAAUUUAUGUGGGAAUUUCUGAUGUUAAAGGCCAAUGUGGUAUAACGAACUGUCAGACUUGCAUACAAGCUUCUGGUGUGACGUCAUGCUCACUGUGCAACAGUGGUUACUUCCCCUUGUCAACGACUUGUCAACCCUGUAGCCAGGGAUGUCAGGCGGUGUCGUCAGGAUCAACAUGUAAUGGAUCCACUGGAAUUUGUACCAGCGGUUGUAAAACUGGUUGGAUAGGAGAAAAAUGUGAUCGUUGUGACAGUAAUUAUUAUAGUGCAGGAGGAGCUUGUUACAAAUGUAGCGACCAAUGUGUAAAUUCUUGUGACGGAACAACCGGAAGUUGUUUUGGGGGUUGUCGUGAAAGGUAUUGGGGAACACGCUGUGAAAAUACCUGCAGUCCUUUCUGUGUAGGACAAAACUGUUACUACACAAACGCUACAUGUACAGUCGGAUGUGUUAACGGAUUUUACGAUAAUCGAUGUGAAACUCCUUGCGGAGCAUGUCAAUGUGAUAGACAAACAGGAAAUUGUACCGGAUCCUGUGAUGCUGGUUGGUAUGGAGAAAAGUGUGACAAAAGAUGUAAUUCUGCUUGUUAUCUAGAAACAUGUCAACGUAAUGACGGACACUGCACGUACGACUGUCCAGCUGGAUUUUAUGGACCUUUUUGCUCUACGAAAUGCAGCACUGGAUGUGACGGAAAGUGCAAUCGAGACACUGGAGUUUGCUCAACUGGAUGCAAGCCUGGUUUGUACGGAGACAUUUGCGCAAAUCCGUGUAAUCCAAACUGUAAGACUGGAUACUGCUCUAGAUCCGAUGGAUUGUGUGUAGGUGAUUGCAAAGAUGGAUUUUUCGGUGAUUACUGCUCGAAGAGUUGCGCCAGUUCCUGUAGUGGUAACUGUGAUAAAGACUCGGGAUUUUGUUCUGGUAAGUGUCAAGACGGCAGAUUCGGCGAUUUUUGCGAAAAGAUUUGUACCACUGGUUGUUCCUCUAACACAUGCGAUCGGACUUCAGGAGUAUGCUCCUCCGACUGCACGUCUGGGUUGUACGGAUUGUUUUGUAAUCAAUCUUGUGCGACUUGUGAUUCAACUGGCUGUGAUAAAUUAAGUGGUAUCUGUAAUAGCCAAUGCGAUCCUGGGUAUUUCGGUAGCAUGUGCACAAAUCAAUGUUCCUUUGGUUGCCUUAAUGAGGCAUGUCAGAAAAGCAAUGGAGAUUGCAUAGGAGAUUGUAAGGUUGGCCGUUUCGGUGCAAACUGUUCUCAGUUUUGUAGUUCGAACUGUAAUAGCUCUGUUUGUUCCAAAACCUCUGGCGAUUGUUUCAGUUGUUCUAAUGGUCGAUAUUAUGGUCGAAACUGUCAAAGCGCAUGUCCAAACUGCGAUUCACAGGGCUGCUCUUUUGAAACUGGAGUGUGCAUUGGGUCUUGUUUGCCUGGAUUUCACGGGGCAAAAUGUGAUCUUCAGUGUAGCGCAAAUUGUGAAAAUCAGAUGUGUGACAGAACCUCUGGGAAAUGUUUGAGAUGUAAAGUAGGUUUUUACGGGUUUAAUUGUACAAUGCCUUGUAAUAGAAAUUGCCCGUCAAAUUUAUGUGAACAGGACACCGGUUACUGUUCCCAGAAUUGUUCAAUUGGUUCUUGGGGCCAAACCUGCACAGAAAGGUGCAGUUCGACAUGUUUUCAAAACACAUGCGAGAGAGAUACAGGGUAUUGUCAUGCUUGCGAUGACGGAUUUUACGGUUUGACUUGCAAUCUGAAUUGUAGUGAUCAGUGCUCGUCGGGAACUUGUGAUCGGUCUAUUGGCUCCUGCAUCGGCUCCUGUAAUGUUGGUUAUUAUGGAUAUAAAUGCGAGUUUAAAUGUGUCGAGUACUGUAAUGGUUCUUGUAACCAAGUUACUGGUGUGUGUGACAAUCCUUGUCCGCAUGGACGGUAUGGCGAUUACUGCUCUUUGCUCUGCCAGGAAACAUGCUUUGGAAGCGAUAACAAAUGCAUUCGAUCUUCCGGCUAUUGUGAAAUGGGUUGUGAUGUAGGUUAUUUUGGCAAUUUUUGUAACCUAGCAUGUCCAAAUUGCGACACUUUCGGUUGCCGUAUAUCUAAUGGCUCUUGCAUCGCUUCCUGUAAAGUAGGAUACCAUGGACCGUCUUGUAACCGUUCUUGUAGUCCGACUUGCAGUAAUCUGACAUGUGCCAAAAAUAAUGGUUAUUGCACUGAAAGCUGUUCAGUGGGGUAUUUUGGUAACACAUGUGAAAGUGUAUGCAACUCAAACUGCGAUUCCUCAGGUUGUCAUAGAUCGACUGGUGUCUGUUUAGGAUCUUGUAAACCAGGGUAUUAUAAUCCAACAUGCUCAGGAGUAUGCAGCCCACAAUGCAAAGGCGGAACCUGUGAACGUUUUAAUGGUACCUGCUCAGAAUGUAACAUCGGUUAUUAUGGGGCCUUCUGCAAUUCGACUUGCAGCAAAUGUGACAGUCAAGGAUGCAAUCAAGCAGAGGGUAAAUGUUUUGGAGAGUGUCAGAUAGGGUACUUUGGUGAAAAGUGCGACAAACUUUGUAGCCAAACCUGCGCUACGGCAUCUUGUAAUAAACUUGAUGGCCAUUGCUCUGCUUGCAGAGAUGGCUAUUUCGGUCUAACUUGCACAUCAUCAUGUAACUCAUUUUGCAUCAGUAACAAAUGUAACCAAACCUCUGGAUAUUGUACUUACGAUUGUCCAAACGGGUAUAAGGGCAAUUAUUGCAAUGAACAAUGUGAUACAGCAUGUGCAGAUGAUACCUGUGAUAGAUAUAGCGGUGCGUGUGUUGGUAGCUGUGACACUGGUAAACACGGUGAAUUUUGUCAGCUUAAUUGCAACUCCAACUGUGGUUCUGGAACUUGUCUAAAAGAAAAUGGAGACUGCAUUGGUGGUUGUCGUACAGGGUAUUACGGAAAAAAAUGCGACAUUACAUGUAGCCUUCAAUGCUCAUCAUCAUGCGAUCAGAUUUCGGGAUUUUGUAAUGGCCAAUGUAAAACUGGUCAUUACGGAAACUUCUGUGAAAUUCCGUGUAGCGCAUUUUGUAAAAGUGACACAUGCGAUAAAAUCACAGGGGCCUGUACAAUGGGAUGUGACAAAGGGUAUUAUAGUACAUACUGUAACCAGACGUGUAGUACAUGUGAUGAUGCCGGUUGUAACGACCGAACAGGUGCUUGCUUAGCCAACUGUGAUGUAGGUUUUUAUGGCUCCCAUUGUACAUCACAAUGCCAAAGCACCUGUCGAGGCGCUUGUCAAAAAACAACAGGACUUUGUUUAAAUUGUCCUAGUGGUUACUACGGAGAUUACUGCUUACAAAACUGUGCCAAUUGCGACAGCAACGGUUGUGCCAUAUCGGACGGAACGUGUAUUGGAUUAUGUAGAAACAAUUUGUUCCAUGAUCAGUAUUGUAGGUCUUCUUGUAACGGAAAUUGUCUAAACGGGACCUGUAAUAAGAGCACCGGAGAUUGUGAUGCCUGUAUCCAAGGUUACUAUGGUCCAAAAUGCACGUUAUCAUGCAAUGGUAAUUGCCAGCAAAAUAUGUGCAGAAGAAAUGACGGAUAUUGCACGAACCCUUGCUCAGAACGGUACUAUGGGCCAACUUGCACUUCAAUCUGUAGUGUAAACUGUCGUAACGGUUGCAACCGAGAAACUGGGGUAUGCAAUGCUUGCAUUGAGGGUCGAUUUGGUGAGUACUGUGACAGAGCCUGUAAUACAACUUGUGGAACAGGAGUUUGUAAUAAACAAGAUGGAAAAUGCAUUGGAUCCUGCGUACAUGGGUAUUUUGGAGACUAUUGUUCUUUCCAGUGUAGUGCUACCUGUGCUGGAAGUUGUAAUAAAACGACUGCUUAUUGCAUCGGGGAUUGUCAGAAUGGACAUUACGGACAAUUUUGUGAGCUGGAUUGUAGCACUGGUUGCAUAGGUGGAGUAUGUGCCAGAAGUAAUGGAGUUUGUGGCAGUGGUUGCAAAUCUGGGUACUGGGGAACGUUUUGCAAUCACACUUGUCAAACUUGCGAUGCAAACGGAUGUUACCAAAACAACGGUACCUGUCUGUCUCAGUGUUUACCUGGAUAUUACGGAGGGGAUUGUUCUCUUCCCUGUAGCUCAAACUGUAAGGAUUCUCGAUGUGCUCGGUCGACAGGCAUUUGCUCUGAAUGCAAAGAUGGGUACUUUGGAGAAAAAUGUAAUUCCCCCUGCAGUACAGGAUGUAUUGAUAACGCUUGUAAUCAAUAUACAGGUGUCUGCAAGACUAGCUGUAAACAAGGCUUUUUCGGAACAAGCUGCAGCAAGGCAUGCGUUGGAUGUAAUGAAUGUUACCGUGAUACAGGUUACUGCGCCAACUGCACAUCGAACAAAUAUGGAACCAACUGUCAGUUUACUUGUAGUUCCAAUUGUAAUUUGUCUUCAAGUGGGCAACUGAUGUGCGAUAAAGACUCUGGUGCAUGUCGGUAUCAAUGUAGAGAUGGUUGGUGGGGAACAAAAUGUGAUCAAGCCUGCAAUAAUGGGUUGGGAUGUCAAAGUUCUGCAUGUGAUGUCAGUACAGGCUUUUGCUUAACACUGUGCAUUGAUGGCUAUUUUGGAGAUCGGUGCGAAAAGCAAUGCAGUGCCACUUGUGCUGGAAGCAGGUGUGAUAAGGCUUCAGGUAACUGUUCAAAUGGAUGCAACAAUGGAUAUUACGGACCAACGUGUUCUCAACAGUGCGGACAAAACUGUUUAUCUUGCGAUUUUCAGACAGGUAGUUGUAAUAUUUGCGUUAAAGGAAGGCACGGAACUAUUUGUCAGUUCACUUGUAGUAGUAACUGUAAUGUUAGCAGUGGGACUGAACAAACUUGUUCGAAAGACUCAGGUUAUUGUAUCCAUGAUUGUAAACUAGGAUAUUUUGGAAACGAUUGCUCACAAUCGUGUCCAGGCCAAUGUUUAAGUGGAAGCUGCAACAGAGCAAACGGACAAUGUGAUGAUGAAUGUAAGAAUGGUUAUUAUGGUCUUUUCUGCAACCAUACCUGUCCUAAUUGCUUAGAUGUAAGCGGGGAACCAAUGUGUCAUCGAACAUCCGGUGCUUGUUUAAAUGGAUGCAAACUUGGUUUCUUUAACGAUCAUUGUUCUAAAAUGUGCUCUUUAGAUUGCCAGUCCCAUGCAUGUUCCGGAACUGACAGAAAUUGUACUGUUGGAUGUGUUCAGGGAAAAUUUGGUUCCGACUGCACUUCAACAUGUAACCCGAACUGCAUCAACGACAUUUGUGAAAGAGCAUCCGGGGCAUGUAUUGUUGGAUGUCGACCAGGUUCAUAUGGAUCUCUAUGUGACUUAAACUGCAUUAACACAGGAUGCCCAAGUGGAAACUGCGACCGACAAACAGGGGCCUGUCAGUCAAGCUGUCUAGCCGGUUAUUUUGGCACCUACUGUAACUUAACCUGUCCCCAGUGUGAUAGUACUGGCUGUGACAAAUCCACUGGGUCUUGCAUCGGUUCUUGUAAAGCUGGAUUCUAUGGGGUAAAUUGUGAACUUUCUUGCAGCAGCAACUGCAAUGGCACCGAUUGUGAUAGAACCUCCGGAAAGUGCUCUGGCAAUUGCAUAGCUGGAUGGUUUGGAGAGAAAUGUGAUCAGGGAUGUCAUUCAAAUUGUGCUAAUGGAAUUUGUGAUCGUGAAACAGGGGACUGUGAAAGUUGCAUUCCUGGUCAUUAUGGGGGAAAAUGUUCCUUCUUUUGCAAUUCUAACUGCAAUACAUCUAUCUGCGAUCGUACGAAUGGGACUUGCAGAGGAUGUGCGUCGGGUUGGUACGGCGAUACAUGCAACAUCAGAUGUGGAGAUAAAUGUGAAAACCUCAUUUGCUCUCAGGACACGGGCAACUGCGUAAAAUGCAAAGCAGGAUACUACGGAGCGAAAUGUGAUUCGACAUGUUCAGGGUGUGCCCCAAACAGCGGUCAGUCUAACUGCGCACAGGCAGACGGUGUAUGUCUAAACAAAUGCAUCAUAGGGUUUUAUGGCAAUAAGUGUACAGGGGUAUGCGACAAUAAGUGCAAAAACAAUAAUUGUGAGAAUACAGCAAGAAACUGUUUAGAUGGGUGCCAGAUCGGUUACUAUGGGACAGACUGUCAGUCUGUUUGUAAUACCAAUUGUCUGAACUCAGAAUGCAACAAAACAACAGGCGCAUGUUCUCAGGGAUGCAAAGCGCGAUGGUAUGGUUCAACAUGUUCAAAUCCAUGUAGUAGUGCUUGCGUGGAUAGCUUAUGUAAUGCUGCAAAUGGUUUUUGCCACGCUUGCCCUGAUGGAUAUUAUGGAAAUCUGUGUAGUCUGCAAUGUCACACAAACUGCCAAGGAAGUGUCUGCAACAGGAACGGUAAAUGUCUGGAAUGCAAACCCGGGUACUAUGGCGACAUGUGCGAUAAGAUUUGUGGAAAUUGCACAAACUGUGACCGAACUACAGGAUGUCAAGCUUGCUCAACAGGAAAAUGGGGAAAUACUUGUCAGAAUGAUUGCAAUGAAAACUGUCAAUUAAAUCGAUGCACGAAGGAUGAUGGAACGUGCGAGUGUAAGGCGGGAUUUUUCGGCGCUUCUUGCAAUAAGGUUUGCAAUAUUACAAGUCAAUGUAUUGGUAAUGCAUGCGACCAGAUUACAGGGGCGUGCAGUGGAAAUUGCGUUGAUGGAUGGUAUGGCGGUAGUUGCGAGAUCGCUUGUCCUUUGCAGUGCAGAAAUAAAGCAUGCAACCGACAGAACGCUGUUUGCAGUUAUGGAUGCAACCCCGGGUAUUAUAAUGAUCUCUGCGAGACACUAUGUCCAGUUGGUUGUUAUGAAUGUAGCUCUUCCGGUACAUGCUUAUCUUGCAAAACUGACUAUUACGGUCAGGGGUGCCUUACUCAGUGCAGUCUAAACUGCAAACAGCCUACAGACAACUCCAGAGUGUGUGAAAGCACUAAUGGGAACUGUGCAGAUGGGUGCAAAGACGGGUACUAUGGCACCAUGUGUCAAAUGAGAUGCUCUGUAAACUGUAAUGGUAUGUCUUGUGCAAGAGACACUGGAAAAUGCACUGGAAAUUGCAAUGCAAAUUUCUUUGGCCCCUUUUGCAAUGAAUCCUGUAGUGGAUGUGAGACUGUCGGUGGAACGAGUUGCGAACAGACAACUGGAAGAUGCUUACAUGGCUGUAGGUCUGGUUUCUAUGGUACAUACUGCAGGGAUCAGUGUAGUUCAAAUUGUCUAAAUAUGAAAUGUGAAACAUCUAAAGAUAAUUGUCUUGAUGGCUGUGUGGCCGGGAAAUAUGGAUUUGACUGUAAACAGGACUGCAGUGCGAAAUGUUUUGGAGGAAACUGCGUGCGGUCCACAGGUGCCUGUGAGAACUGCGCUAGUGGUUUUGAAGGUCCUGGAUGUAGCCAAAGGAUAGUUUCCACAGAAAAUGACAACCUCCCCCUUAUUGUGGGUCUAUCAGCAGGGGGCGGUUUACUAUUGAUUGUCAUCAUUGUGACAGUAUUGUGCAUGCAGCAACUGCGAUCAAGAAAGCGUUUAGAGAAGAUUUUAGCCAUGAAAGCUUUCCAGGAUCAGAAUGGCUGGACGUUUGACGACGAACGAUCAUCUCCGAGUCAGUAUGUGAAUAGAUCAUAUAACGGAAGUUUACAUGGCAGUAUUCAUGGCAGCGUGCACGGAAGUCAGUUCCACGGAAGUCAAUACUUUGGUUAUGAUAACGUGAUUGCAUCUGGUGGUGACAUUAAUGUGAAAGAGUUGAACCAGUACGUAGCUAGAAUGAUAGCCACAGAGGGCGCUUUUGAAAAAGAACACAAGCGGCUUCAAAUUGGAUUGAUAGCUACAUGUACAGAAGCACAAAAGGAGGAAAAUUCAAGGAAAAAUAGAUACAAGAAUAUCUAUGCAUAUGACCAUUCUCGUGUUGUGUUAAAAAAAGAAGGGGAUAAAGAAACUUUGUCCAGUUAUAUAAAUGCCAAUUUUAUUAAUGGGUUUGGAAAAGAAAAAAGAUACAUUGCCGCACAAGGGCCAACGGAGAACACUGUAAAUGAUUUUUGGAGGAUGAUCUGGCAGAAUAAGUGCUCAGUAAUUGUCAUGCUGACGAAACUUAUUGAAUGUGGGGUCAGUAAGUGUUUAUCGUACUGGCCUAUGGAUGACAACGAGUAUGUGAAUGGUGGCAUCCGAAUUAAGUUUAAAGGAAAAGAUGAGUUUGCUGACUUCACCGUUACUUACCUAACCCUCUCAAAAGGUUCAGAUGAAUUUAGUGUCACCCACUGUCAGUUUACCACGUGGCCUGAUAGAGGCGUUCCCCAAUAUGUCACGCCCCUUGUAGAAUUUCUACACAAAAUUAGGUCUAUUGAAGACGAUUCGCCCUUAUUAGUUCACUGCAGUGCCGGUGUUGGAAGAUCCGGUGCCUUUAUUGCUGUACAUUAUCUGUGUGAGCAAGCGGAGAAGGAACAGAGAGUUAACAUAUUCGAUUGUGUAAAAAGCAUGCGCGAACAAAGAAUCAAUAUGGUUCAAACUCCAGAGCAAUACAGAUUUAUACACGAGUGUAUCUUAGAGGCGUUUACAUUUUCAAAAUCCAUCGUUAAUUCGUCAGAGUUUAGACAAUACUAUGCACAUAUGAUGGAAAUUCUGAACGGGUCUACAACUCGACAAUUAGAGCAACAGUUCUUGAAAAUUAAGUCUAUAUCGAAAGUUAUGGAAAGAGAUGAUAGUGCUCACUUGCCAGAGAAUCAACCUAAAAAUAGAACAAAUAUAGUUGCACCUGAUUCUUGUCGUGUUUUCCUUUGGUCAAGUGUCCAGGGUUGUAACGACUACAUUAAUGCAAUAUAUGUACCGAACUACAGACGGCGGUAUGCCUAUAUUAUUACCGAAAUGCCACAAACACAUACCAUCAUUGACUUCUGUAGACUUCUUCAGCAAGAAGAAUGUAGAACCAUCGUGAUGCUCAAUAGUGAUCAAACAGAAACUCAGGAUGGGAAAUACUGGGCGGAUCCAGGAGAGAGUGUGGUGUGUGGACCAUUUCGUAUUGCAGUCAAGAGCGUGUCCGAGGAAGAGCACUACAUUUGUAGGACAAUAGAUCUUCACUAUAGCAUAGGGAGUGAUCGUGACAGUAUAAACCUAGUAGACUUGGAAGGUGUAGUGGAAAUUCGCCAGUAUCAGAUAAAAUCCUGGUCGGAAUCGUUGCCUGUUCCGGAUUCUGUUUUUUCCGUUCUUGCCGUCGUGAAAGAUGUGUUGCCUUGGCAAACUCAGUCUGGAGAUCAUCCCAUCUUAGUGCACUGCAAAAAUGGUGCUGAUAAAAGUGGUCUAUUUUGCCUCUGUGCUUCUGCUAUUGACAGAGUAAAUUCGGAUAACAGUGUUGCAAUGCCAUACAUGCUAAACCACAUACGAGCGAGGCGAAAGGAGCUAGUUCCGUACUAUACACAGUACAAAUUUUGUCACGAUGUUGUGGAUCGAUUCAUUGCUCAUUGUGAAUAGAAGUCUCUGGAGAGAAGUCCUUAUAAAAAGACCAGUAUGAAGUAUAAGUAUGAAGCAUUCAUAAGUAUGAAAAAGUCCAGAAGCAGUAUUAUUUAUUUAAUUAGUACAUGUAUUAUUCUUAUUUGCAACCGUGCAUGGUGCUUGAUGAAUAGAAUGUCAUGCUUAAACUUUGUAUUUCAAGAUAUCUAAUCUUUCCCAAUGCUGAAUGUUUAUGU